AUGUGUGUACAGUACUUGUGUACACAGUUCGCUUGCCGUGCCAGCGGCCUUCAAGAAAUGUUCAAGAAAUGUUCAAGAAAUGUUCAAAGAAAGUGCCGGCUUUUGUCCAAACCCGUAAUUUACAAACCGUCUAAGACAUCACAAAGUGUACUUAGCAUUUACUAUGUGUGCCCAGACAUUGUUUCAGACGUCACCACAGUCGUCAUGACAUUAUCCAAGCAAGUGGCCUCGGUUGGGCUGGCCGUGUUUCUUCUACUGAUGGUCACAGUUGGUUACAUCCAGUACGAUGGUAUCAAACAUGUCGUUGUUGACACUUCUUCCAAAUUGAGAAGCUCAGGGAUCAAAUCUUCACUGCCCAACCUUCAUAAAUUUCUAGGAGGAACUGAAGGUAAAACCAAGAAUCUAACUAGAGUUGCAGACGUCUCCACUUUUUUGCUGAAAACACUCCAAUUGAAUGCAACGCCAAACAUCAGCCGUGGUACUGAGAGACAAUCGGAGGCCUUGCAAGCCGUUCUGAUACAUCGGGAAAUUGCGAAGGCUAAUAACGCAUCAUCGUCCCAAGCCAUGGCAAAUCACGACAGAGCACCUUCAACCAAUCAGGGGUCAGGGAAAAGCUGCAAUCCGCGCACCAACAUCGUCUUCUUCAAGAUGCACAAGUGCAGCAGCAGCACCAUUCAGAAUAUCCUGUUCCGCUACGGUGAGGCGCACGUGUUGGACUUCGUUCUCCCGCCGGCCGGCAACUAUUUGGGCCACUCGGCGUUCAACAAACGCUACAUGAUCAAGUUUCCCGUGGAGGAGUACAACAUUUUAUGCCACCAUACAGUUUUCAAUGCCAAAGGUAUGGCAGAGGUGAUGCCAGUCAAUAGCGUUUACGCCACCAUUCUUCGGGACCCUGUUCCUAUGUUCGAAUCCCUCUUCACCUAUAACAACAUGGCCUGGCAGUACCACCUUCCAAAUAAUCGCGGCUUGGAGCUGUUCCUAAAAAAACCUGAAUACUACUACAGAAUAGCAGACGGAGGGAUCCUACACAUCAAGAAUCCCAUGCUGUACGGUCUGGGGCUUCCCAAAGCUUACCUUGGGGAUCAGAGCGCAAUUGACAGAAAAAUCGAGGAACUGAAGGGCCAGUUUGACUUGGUCAUGAUGACCGAGUAUUUCGACGAGUCCCUUGUUCUGCUGCGCGACCUCAUGUGCUGGGAGUUCGACGACGUUGUCUACUUCGUCCAAAAUGCUCGCAGCAAGUCGGCCGUGAAGGCCGUAUCGCCACAAGCAGCUACCAAGAUCCGGAAGUGGAACUACGGGGAUACGAAACUCUAUGAAACCUUCAACCGGACAUUCUGGGAGAAGGUCGAGGCUUUUGGAUUCGACCGAAUGAAAAAGGAAGUCGCACAACUUAGGGAGAGAAAUGAAUAUUACAAGAAGCGCUGCAUUGCUGAGGUGACCAACAAAAACGACAGAGUUUGGCAUCCACCGGGUAUUCCAGUUGAUAGUUUCCUGUUGAAAAAGGAGGCGUCCAAUGACGUCAUGUGCAAUAGAAUGGCGGAGCCAGAAUUGCUCUACACGGCUCAAAUCCGACAAAUUCAAAAAAAGAGAUACGGAAUGCAAUAAUGGUGCUCUCUUAAAAACUGCAUGUGUGCUAAAUGGAUUUGAAAGGGUUACACUUACAUUGAGAUCUAUCAUUUGUAUGUUGUGUCAUUUUAAUAAACAUGUCGUUUAAUUUAGUGCAUUAGGUUAAGAGUUUAUUCGUUUGUGAUGAUUUUGUGCUGCAAUGUGUAAUAUGAGGCUUCUGCUUUUCCAAAAUUGUUUGAAUCAAUGAGACACGAUUCCAUUUAGAAUCGACAUAUGAUCCUUUCCAUCCAAAAGUAAGCAUUGAGGAAUGACCUCCUUAAAAGGGCCCUUGCAAUGUAAU